GCACUCGGUGGGAAACACGAUUGAAAACGGGCAGCUAUGCCGCGCGCAGCAGAAAACGGGGUGGACGCGUCCGCUUGGAACAACGGCCGGUGUACCGGAGGACUGACCCGGGGACUGCGGGACCGGGAGGCAGCUGACAGGCGCUAACAGCGAUUGUUUCCCCGGGGAUAACCUCCUCCUGAAAGCGGCGGCGCCAGCGACUCCGUCCGCUCCUUCUCCCAUUUCUCUGCUCCGCUAACGGCUCCGCAAGAGAGACACCGAGACAGCAGCGAUGUUGCUACUAAACGUCUAGGAUUUAUCCCCGGUGUCCGUGUGUUUUAGCGACUGUAAAUAAAGCCGAGCACAGACAGUAAGCUACAGCAGCGGGCUUCACUAUGGUUUUAUUGGCGCUCCGCAGUAGGAGAUGUCUUAAUAGCUGCUGUAUGGGGACGUUAUGCUUGCAGUUGUUGCUGUGGAUUUUAUGUGCCGUGAACGGAGAGGAGCAGCCGUUCAGCGUGGAGGCAUGGCUCCAGAGGUAUGGCUACCUCCCUCCUGCAGACCCCAGAAUGUCAGUGCUGCGUUCUGCCCGAGUCAUGCAGUCUGCUAUCGCUGCCAUGCAGCGCCACUACGGCCUAAAUGUCACAGGGGGUCUGGACAGCAACACUAUAGACGAUAACACGAUAAGGUGGAUGAAGAAGCCCAGAUGUGGGGUUCCUGACCAGAUGGGUGGGGCAUCCAAAUUCAAUGUCAGGAAACGGCGGUAUGCCCUCACAGGACAAAGAUGGCAACACAAACAUAUCACAUACAGCAUAAAGAACGUGACACCCAAAGUGGGUGCCGAGGAGACCCACGAUGCCAUUCGGCGAGCCUUUGACGUGUGGCAAAACGUGACGCCGCUGCGCUUUGAGGCCGUGCCCUACAGCGAGCUGGAGAGGACCAAGAAAGACGUGGACAUCACCAUCAUCUUUGCUUCAGGUUUCCAUGGUGACAGCUCACCCUUUGAUGGCGAGGGGGGCUUCCUUGCUCACGCCUACUUUCCAGGGCCAGGAAUAGGAGGCGACACACACUUUGACUCAGAUGAGCCGUGGACGCUGGGAAACCCCAACCAUGACGGUAACGAUUUGUUCCUGGUAGCCGUCCACGAACUCGGCCAUGCACUGGGCCUCGAACACUCCAACGACCCCACGGCCAUCAUGGCUCCAUUUUACCAGUACAUGGACACUGACAACUUCAAACUCCCCAUGGAUGACCUGCUGGGCAUCCAGAAGAUUUAUGGGCCUCCUGAUAAGAUUCCUCAGCCAACUAAACCCUUGCCAACGGCGCCCCCUCCUCGCUCCCAUCCACCUUCAGACCCGCGUAAGCCAGACAGGCAGACGCGACCCCCAAGGCUGCCCCCAGGAGACAGACCGUCCCACCCCAAUUCUAAACCCAACAUCUGCGACGGAGGCUUCAACACCCUGGCCAUACUGAGGAGAGAGAUGUUCGUCUUCAAGGACCAUUGGUUUUGGCGGGUGAGAGAUAACUCUGUGAUGCCGGGAUACCCCAUGCUCAUCAGUGUUUUCUGGAGGGGCCUCCCGCCCAAGAUAGAUGCAGUCUACGAGAACAGCGAGGGCAAGUUCGUCUUCUUCAAAGGGAAGCAGUUCUGGGUGUUUAAGGACACGGUGUUGCAGCCUGGAUACCCCAAGGACAUCACCCAGUUCGGCCACGGCAUGCCGGCCCAGAGCAUUGAGACCGCCGUGUGGUGGGAGGAUGUGGCCAAGACCUACUUCUUUAAAGAGGAUAGGUACUGGCGCUACAAUGAGGAUAUGAGAACCAUGGAUCCUGGAUAUCCUAAGCCCAUCACAGUGUGGAGAGGUGUGCCUGACUCGCCACAGGGGGCCUUCGUCGACAAAGCCAAUGGUUUUACCUACUUCUACAAGGGGAAGGAGUACUGGAAGUUCAACAACCAGUUCCUCCGAGUGGAACCGGGCUACCCUCGCUCCAUCCUCAAGGACUUCAUGGGCUGCGAUCUGACACCCAUCGACCCCGGCCGCCCACCGGCCGACGACGGCAACUCGGACGUGGUGAUCGAGCUGGACAACGAGGCCAACACGGUGAAGGCCAUCGCCAUCGUCAUCCCCUGCGUGCUCGCGCUGUGCCUCCUGGUGCUGGUCUACACUGUGGUGCAGUUCAAGAGGAAGGGUACGCCACGCCACAUACUGUACUGCAAACGCUCCAUGCAGGAAUGGGUCUAAAGCGUUGGAAAGAGACAAGAGGGUGGGGCGAGGGUGGGAGGAGAGGCUGGUAAAAAAAAAAAAACAGGACCACAGCCCCUGCUUUCACAGAGAGGAGGACGGCGGACUUCGGACAGCUUUAUUAAAAAAACACAGCCAUGCCUCCUCCUCUUGGGUGACCUGAUACCUUCGUUCAAACCCGCAGAAACAGCCGGACAGUCUGACGGUGAUCCCUCGUACAAAAGGUGAUCCCAGGACUUAAAGCUGACUCUGCUAGCCCCCAGCCUUUUUAACAAACAGGGGAGUAGAGAGACAGCUUGUGGGGGGAGGGAGGGGUCUUUGUCAGGAAUGACCUUCAGUCCCAGUCCAAAAAAAAACAAAAAACAAAACAAAACAAAAAAAAGAGGGUCAGCAUCACUUUGUAUCGCAGAAACUUGACUUCCUAUCCCCUUCUUUGGUUUCUGCGCCCGACUGCUUUUAAUGAGAGGGAGGACGUUCAGGACUCACACUCUUCCCACAGGGCACUGCAUUGUCAUCUGUCAUAUCAGGUUGUUGGUAAAACAACGGUUUUCUAUGUUCUGAUUUGGGUGCCCCCCUCCCCGCUUCAUACUGUGCUCAAAAAAAACAGUCUUAGAUAAACACGAGUUAAUCACAUUACCAGUCAUCUUUUUUAUUUUUCUUAAUUUUGUAUUUUUUUUUUAUUUGAAUUUAUUUGAGAAAGGAGGUCCUCACUGUUCCCUUUAAGACGCUCCUGAGGAAGAGACCAAACUAAACCAAAUAAAAUCAAUUUCUCUCCAAAGAGGAUCACAUUUUUAAAGUUUUUGUUCUUUUUUUGUUUUGGUUCUCAUUUCAGUUCAUUCUUCUUUCCCUUCUCUGGAUCCUUGCAGCGAUUAAGAGUCGGGGAGCUCUGACUGUUGUGGCAGUCUGUUUGAGACACAGGGGCCAAAUUAUUCUGCAAUAUUUUAACUCGCCUUAAUUAUAGAUCAUUACUACUUGUGCUUGGUUUUGCUGUUCUUGGUGUUGUUUUUUUGUUUAGUUUUUUUAUUCGUAUACCGCUUUUGUUUAUGUUUGUUUGUAAAAAGAAGCUGAUUAAGUGCUUCUUGUGAUUGGUAUUUUCUGGAUUUUAUUACGUUACACAGAAUCCUCAGCACUGGCUUGCUGAGCCGUUCUGGACAGAAUAUACAGUAGAGGUCAGCCUGUAUUGAGAGUAAUGUAUUGUAUCGUAUAAAGAUGUUGGAAGGUUCUGGAGUAAAGCCACUAUUUUUGUGUGUUAAGAUAUUUGUUACUGUUGCUUUCUUAUUUCCAUAUGACAGAAACCAGGCUAUAGAGGGUCUCGAGAGUCUUGUUAUUGGGUUUGUUAUUGGUCUAUAUUCCCCUCAGUUGAAGAACAGUUAAAGUGUGCAUCCAAAAUGUUCAUUCUGUAUGGUUAUUGGUGAAUGGACAGACCUUUUUUUUUCUUUUUUUAAAAGAAAUUUUGUUGACUGCCUUGUUUGAGAGAGCUUACAGUUCCUAGAAUGCUCUUGUCUUGUGACUGAGGACCCACAAAGUGAGACACCAAGUCAAGAUCAGUGCCUGUGUCAACGUGCAUGCAAGCAUUUACUGUACACCCAACUGGUUCUGCUCAACAUGGCUUUGGAACCCCCUCUCAAAAGCUGAGGAGGAAGUUUUCUCUUGAAAGUACUGUUUUGCAUUUAUUUUUGUACCUUUUCAAUGUUCCCCCACACGCCUUCCUCCAGGUACAAUGAAAUCUAAGAGGAACAAAACUAUUCAAGUGGUACAUUUGGGAAACUAUUGGGAGAUCUGAUGGGUGAUUGGAUUCUUCAAAUUGGCCUCAAUGAACCGUGUAGUGUCCUCGUCGCCGUGGCGAGCAGUCUUUGAAUGUGUGUUUGUUUCCAUGAUCAACAUACUGGUUUUUCUUUCUUUCCUGUUUUCUGGUCAAAACAAAUUGGACAUCUCACAAUGACUUCUUUGUGUAAGACUUUGGGACAACAGAAAAACAUGUCCUGACUGAAUGAAUAAACUGAUCCGAUACAUGAUGAA